AAUAUCUACCCUUCCCUUCAUCAAAACUAUCACCGUCUUCACAAUCAACACUCAACACCAUUCACUCCUCUGCGCAUUUUUGACAUCUGGACCGACUUCAAGAUCUGAUUGUAUAUAAGGGUUCAGUUUGCAAAACGUAUGAGCUUGUUCAUCAACCUGUGUUGUAAUUGUAAUUGUAAUUGUAAUUGUUCCAAUUCCAAUCACUUCAGCACUUGCCUUCUCUUUUUCUUUCUUCAUCGCUCCCCUCAAUUUGAUAACCCUUGGAUACUACAACACCCAUUACUUUAGUUUAUCGCACAAUUGUGUUCUUGUUAGUUUUCCGCAAAGGGAAAUUGUCUCCAUCAUCAACUACUACAUGGGUUCGUCAGCCAAGAAUAAACCCCAAUUGAUACAAGCACCCUGUUAUUCAGCCAUCAAAACAGGGCGUUCGACUUCACCAUCUGUAAUUGUAGUUGGAGGUGGCUUUGCUGGGAUAGCUGCUGCUCGUGCCCUCCAUGAUGCUUCAUUCCGGGUUAUAUUACUCGAAUCUCGUGAAAGAAUUGGUGGUCGAGUUCGGACAGAUUACUCAUUUGGUUUUCCUGUGGACUUAGGGGCAUCGUGGUUGCAUGGAGUUUGCAAAGAGAAUCCCUUGGCACCUCUUAUUGGAAGACUUGGGUUACCUCUCUAUCGUACAAGUGGUGACAACUCAGUGCUAUAUGAUCAUGAUUUGGAAAGCUAUGCACUUUUUGACAUGGAUGGGAAUCAAGUUCCUCAAGAACUCGUCUCACAAGUAGGCGAAACAUUUGAGAGCAUAUUGCAAGAGACAAAUAAAGUAAGAGAAGAGUUAAGUGAAGAUUCAUCUAUACAACAUGCAAUCUCAAUCGUCUUUGAAAGAAACCCACAACUAAGGUUGCAGGGGCUUUCUCAUAAGGUAUUACAAUGGUACUUGUGUCGAAUGGAAGGGUGGUUUGCUGCUGAUGCUGACACCAUAUCUCUCAAAUGUUGGGACAAAGAAGAGUUGUUGCCAGGUGGACAUGGGCUAAUGGUCCGAGGUUAUCAACCUGUUAUAAACACACUUGCAAAAGGCCUUGACAUCCGCUUAGGUCACAGGGUAAAGAAGAUAAACAGGCGUACAAAUGGUGUGAAGAUAACCAUUGAAAAUGGCAACACAUUCUUUGCAGAUGCAGCCAUAGUUGCUGUCCCUUUAGGUGUUUUGAAAUCAAACACCAUGACUUUUGAACCAAGACUACCUAAAUGGAAGGAAGAAGCCAUAGCUGACCUUGGAGUUGGAAUUGAGAACAAGAUCAUUCUACAUUUUGAGAAAGUAUUUUGGCCAAAUGUCGAGUUUCUAGGAGUAGUUGCAGAUACUUCAUAUGGAUGUAGCUACUUUCUUAAUCUUCACAAAGCUACAGGUCAUCCUGUUCUUGUUUACAUGCCUGCAGGAAAGCUAGCAAGAGAUAUUGAGAAAAUGUCAGAUGAGGCUGCAUCUAGUUUCGCUUUUAUACAGCUUAAAAAGAUUCUUCCAGAUGCUUCCACCCCAAUUCAGUAUUUGGUUUCUCAUUGGGGAAGUGAUGUGAACUCAUUAGGGUCAUAUAGCUAUGAUACAGUAGGAAAACCCCAUGAUCUGUAUGAUAAGCUAAGGAUCCCUGUGGAUAACUUAUUCUUUGCAGGGGAGGCAACAAGUUCUGAAUAUCCAGGGUCUGUACAUGGUGCUUAUUCAACUGGAUUAAUGGCUGCAGAAGAUUGCAGGAUGCGUGUUCUUGAACGUUAUGGGGAGUUGGAUCUUUUUCAAUCUGUUAUGGGUGAGGAUACCCUUGCUUCUGUGCCAUUGUUAAUAUCGCGUAUAUAAAGUCUUGUUAAUGUAUUAAGUGCUUAAUAGGCAAGUGGAAAAUGGAGUGUAAUGUACUUGAAGUUAUAGUGCUGAUAUAUGUACCUUAAGUUGGCAUAUUGCAAGUGUAAAGUUUUUUUUUUUAAAUGGAAUUGCUGAAGAUAUGCUUAAGAAAAGCAGACAAUAGUUGGCAAAUAGUGGUAGUACUACUAUUAAAAUAUUAAUGAAUGUGGAUAUAUUGAUUAGGUGAGU